AUGUCUUCCGUACGUCACCUUCGAACUUUAGCUUUCGGUGCAUCAUUGACUGAAGGUUACUAUGCUGGUGGUUCAAAGUUUCAUCCAUAUACACAACGACUUCUGGAACUGAUUCGUCCGUUAAUUGCCGACGUCGAGAUUCAGAAUGCUGGCAUAAGUGGUGAAGCUGUUCUCAGUUCGACUAUGUUGCCACGAUUGAAACAAAUCUUGUCCUUGGCGAAACACAAAUUCGAUUGGGUUUUGAUUCUAGCUGGUACGAACGAUACUCUACGUGACCAACAACAAGCAAGCAAAGUUUUCGAUCAAUACAAAUUAUUAAUUAAUGAAUGUUACGACCAUGGAGCUCGCGUAUUAGCUAUGACUUUGCCAGAAACAGUUUAUCCAAAGGAUUUCCCGUUAGAUUUCCAACGACAAGAAUUUAAUCGACUACUGAAAGAAGAACUGAAAUUAGCGUACUCGGAUGUUGUCGUACUAGACGUUGAACGACUUUUACCACGCUAUUCACUGUCACCGCAUGAAACUGAACAAAUCUGGGAUGAUGAAGUACACUUUACACCGCAAGGAUACGACCGAUUGGGACAAUUUAUCUUCGAAACACUUAAACCUCACCUUUCAUAA